UCUCUCUCGUCUCUUCCUACACUGCAAAAGAAAUCAAAACACAUAUUCGAAUAACUCUCGUUCUUUCUCCUCUGUUUUAUAUUUUUUUUUAUAAUAUGGUGAGCCAAAACGUCGUCGUACCAGACGCCACGACUGGAAUCAUAACCGUCUCUAACUCCUCCGUCUUUACUCCUUCCGCUCAAAAACCACCGACUGCUCCUGGUCACAUCUCAAUUUCCAAGAAGAAACUACUCAAAAGCCUCGAGAUCAAUGGCGACCAAAGUCAGAGACUCAACUCUUGGGUUGACUCCAUGAGGGCUUCUUCUCCUACUCAUCUCAGAUCACUCCCUUCCCUUUCCUCAGAAGAAGAGCUUAAUUCUUGGAUGAAACGACAUCCAUCGGCACUUGACAUGUUUGAACGAAUCAUUGAAGCUUCAAGAGGAAAAGAAAUCGUUAUGUUUCUUGAUUAUGACGGUACUCUUUCUCCAAUCGUCGCUGACCCAGACAGAGCUUUCAUCUCCAGCAAGAUGAGAAGAACAGUGAAAAAACUGGCUAAGUGUUUCCCAACUUCUAUAGUUACUGGUAGAUGCAUAGACAAGGUUUUUAGCUUUGUGAAGCUAGCAGAAUUAUAUUAUGCUGGAAGCCAUGGAAUGGAUAUUAAAGGGCCAACAAAAGGUUUCUCUAGAUACAAUAAGGAUAAACCAUCUGUUCUUUAUCAACCAGCCGGUGAUUUUCUUCCGAUGAUAGAUGAGGUUUUUAAACAAUUAGUGGAGAAAACCAAAUCAACACCAGGAGCCAAAGUAGAGAACAACAAGUUCUGCCUUUCUGUGCACUUCCGCAAUGUCGACGAGAAGAAAUGGAGCGAACUGGCUUUAAAAGUUCGGUCGGUGGUAAAGAACUAUCCGACACUGAAACUGUCCCAGGGUCGGAAGGUAUUUGAAAUCCGGCCUACGAUUAAAUGGGACAAAGGCAAGGCCCUUGAGUUUUUAUUAGAGUCACUUGGAUUUGAUAACUCUAGUGAUGUAUUUCCUAUUUACAUUGGUGAUGAUCGAACUGAUGAAGAUGCUUUCAAGCUGCUUCAAGAGAGAGGACAAGGCUUGGGUCUUCUUGUCACCAAGUUUCCCAAAGACACCAAUGCUUCGUAUUCUUUGCAAGACCCACUUGAGGUGAUGGAUUUCCUGCGACGGUUGGUGGAGUGGAAACAAAUUCAGCAAUCAACAUGAAGGGACCAAUGGAGUUUUUUUAGUAUAAAUAAUCAUUGCCCAUAAUGCAUAUAUAUACUUAUAGAUGAUAUGUAUAUCUCUAUCAACGGAACAUUGUACAAGAUAUAUAAAGGCAAAUUUCUUAAUGUGCCUCUAUAUAUAUAGGUUGAUCUUGUUCACCACGAUCUUGCUUGAAAGGCAUUUCUAAAGAAUAUGUGUAUUGUUUUGUGAUGUAAUCAUAUUUUCUCUUAUAUAUGGCUAUUUUGUUGAGAAAUC